AUGCCCUUCGAGCCUGCCGCCCUCCCCGUCGUCGACUACUCGAUCCUCGCCGGCGGUGGAUCCUCUCCAACCGGCGACGACGACAAACAUCACGCCGCGGCGGCGCUGGAAAAGCAAAAGCUCUUCCAUGCCCUCCGCGACGUCGGCUUCGUCUACCUGCGCGCCCCAACCAUCUUCUCCCCGUCGGCCGUCGUCGAACCGCUCUUCGCGCGUAGCCGGCAGUUCUUUGCGCUGCCCGCGGCCGACAAGGAAUCGGUGCUGGGUCGGCUCGACCGCGCGCGAGGGCCCAGCCAGGGCUACUCGAACCCGACGCGGUUUGCAGCAAACCCGGCGCGCGCGGACCUGAAGGAGUUCUUCGGCAUGUACCGCGACGACGAGACGGACGCGGCGCGCGCGAACCAGUGGCCCGCCGCGCUGCCAGAGCUGCGGGCCGACGUCACGGACUUCUUCGACCGCGGCAGCGAGGUCGUGCGGACGCUACUCGGCGCGCUAUCGGAGCAGGUCGGCCUAAGGAGAGAGGCGCUGGCGCCGCUGGUCGAGGAGCGGAACCAUUUUGUCGCACUGCUGUACUACCCCGAGGCCGAGAGACGCGAGUUCAAGGAGCGGGUGCGCGCGAGCGAGCAUACAGAUUACGGCUGCAUGACGUUGCUGUUUAAUGACUCGGGCAAGGGCUUGCAGGUGAAGGGGAAGGAUGGGGAGUGGCAUUACGUCCCCCGGAAGGAGGGAUGCGCCGUCGUCAAUGUCGGCGACCUCCUUUCCCGACUCUUCAACGGCAUGCUUGCGUCCACGCUGCACCGUGUCGUCGAGCCGCCUGCGCCUCGCCGCAGCUCGGCGGAGGACCCGGAGACGGCGGAAUCGCUCAUCCCAGCCCGCUACUCGAUUGCCUUUUUCGGACACUUCAAUGCCGAUGCGCUCAUUGGGCCUAUUCCUGAGUGUAUCUCGAAGGAGCGUCCGAAGCAGUUUGAUGCCGUGGUGUCCGGAGAGCAUGUGAAGCAGAAGGUGAGGGCGUUGCACGUGAAGGGCAACAGCUAA